AUGUGUGGCUACUACUGUCAUGAUUGUGGCAUAUCUGAUUCUCCAACCUGUAGACACAGGAAAAAUGGAGUGUGUUUUUCAAAAAACGGUGCUUGGCCUUGGGUAGCAGCAAUUUACAAGAAAACUUCAAACAACCAAGUAUUCCACUGCGGAGGCGCUCUCAUCAGUGACUGCUUUAUUCUGACCGCUGCUCAUUGCGCUAGUGGCUUUAAGCCUGACAAUCUAAUGGUCGUCCUCGGCGACACGGAGCGUUAUGUUAAAGAAUACACUGAGAAAACAUUUGCUGUUGAUAAAAUCCACAUCCAUAAUAGCUAUAAACACGACAGUGGGAGUUUAAACUAUGACAUCGCUCUGUUACAAUUAAAAUGCAAUGUAUCUUGUUCUUCAUACGUUCGAAAAGUCUGUUUGCCCACAAGAACGGACUUUGGCUACUACCAAGCAGGAACGCCCUGCAUUGCAGCAGGAUGGGGAGCUACUGAAAAGAGAGAAAUAGGCGCAAAAAGUACUCCAAUAACUACCAGCAUGAAAGAAAUUCAUCUUCCGAUUGUAGACAAAGACGGGUGUUUAGCCAGCACAUCGGAUUAUAUCAAGCAUGACAUUACAAACUACACUGUUUGCGCAGGAGAUGGCAACGGCAAUAAUAACGUUUGCGAUGGUGAUUCUGGAGGGCCUCUGUUUUGCAAGCGCAAGCAAGGUAAAAAAGUCGAUCCCGACAGCUACGUCAUGGUGGGAAUAGUCAGCUGGGGGGAAGGAUGUGGACAGCCUGGAAAAUACAGCGUAUUUACGCACUUGCUCAACCUAAUGAAUUGGGUGCAAGACAAGUUGGACAGAAACCCAUGCAAGCAAUGGUUCAAUAAAGAAGAAACAGAACAGUGUCGUAACCCUGCAGUUAGCUUGGUUUGA